AGUGCUGCCGCGCGAACGAUCGCCGUCCCCUGCGGCGGCGCCCGCCGCUGGGCAGCGCAGCUUCGAGGAGGAGCCCACGCCGCGGGCAGGCGCUUACCAGUCGGGCGUAGGUGAUGCGGCAGCGGUCAGCGACCCGCGCUGACAGCGAGAUACGCCGCUCCACAGCCGACGUGGAGUCGACGAGCUCCGGCGAGGGCCGCGGCUAUCAGACGGCCGCCGAGGUGUUCUCAGACAGCAGCCGCACGGCGUCGCGGCCGACCAGCUGCGAGGCCGAGCUGCUGGGCGCGCUGACCGGCACGCCGUCCGAGUACGAGACGGCCCAGUCGGCCGCCACCACCGGCUCGCUCGAGUACUACACGGCCAAGACGUCGCUCAGCUCGCACGGCUCGAUGCGUUCAAUGGAUUCAUCGGAGAGCAGCGGCCACCUGGCCAGCGUCGAGGCGAGCGAGCCGUCCGAGACCCUGAUGACGUCGGCCGUCGAGCUGGACCGCGAGGCCACGCCCACCGGCCAGCUGGCCGAGGAGGAGGCUAAGCCGGAGCCCAUCCCUGAACAGGACGAGUCGAGUGAUGAGUCGACGCCUGAUGAGCCGGACGAGCCGGACGAGCCGCGCGCCGAGGCUGACCAGGUGGAGGGCGACGACCUGUUCGUUGAGCCCAACAUGAAGCGCUCGGCCGAGAUGGUGUUCAGCCAGGCAGGCGAGGCGCCGCCGGGCGUGAUCGAAGGCCGCGUUCUCGGCGACAAGGAGCGGUAUAACGAGCACGCCGUGUCGCCCGAGCCGGACACGACCGGCCGCGGUGGCGGUGGCGGCGACGACGACGCCGAGCCCACCAAGCUGAUGGAGGAGUCGCUCGACAGCGCGUCCGAGACGAGCCGCCUGCUCGCCGAGCAGCCGUCGGCCACCGAGUCGCAGCGUGUGACACGCGAGAACUGGCGCACCGAGUCCGAGCGCAUGGACACGUCGAGCGCUUCGGAGCAGCUGAGCACGAUGACGGGCUCGCAGAUGUCUGAGAGCUGUCUGUCCGAGACGCUGCACCUGGAGGAGACGCUCCUGGCCGGCGCUCCGCCUCUGCACGAGCGCCUGCUGGAGCUGGACGACACCGGCUCACAGCUGUCCGAGAGUGACGCUGAGGAGCCGGCGGACGCGGCGCGGGCGGCGGCUGCGGUGGCGCCCGCCACCUGCCGCGUGCUGCGCCGCGCCCUCUCGGAGUCGGCGACGAGCAGCGCCGCUGGCGAACGACUGCGUGCGCAGCUGCUGCAGAAGGGCCUGUCAGAGGAGCGCGCCGAGUGGGAGAUUCAGCAGAUUAUGACGCAGCCGUCCGACCCGAGCCUGGCGCCGGCGCUGGAACGGCCGGACAGUCCGGAGCCGAUGGCCGACUACCCGGCCAGCCGGCUGUCGUUGGAGACGCCCGUCACGCCCGUCACGCCUGUCACGCCCGUCACGCCCGACCUCUCGGCCGCCAGCCCGCAGCCGGCCGCGCCCACCAUCUCGAUCACGGAGCCGGCCGACGGCGGGGUCGAGCCGCGGCCGGCGCCCGGCUCGCCGCCGUCCGACAAGUCGCCAGCCUCGUCCGACCGCUCGUCGUCGUCCGAGGAGGGCCGCGAGUACGUGUUCGACGACCCCGAGUACGCGCAGCCGGCGCGGCUGCACGAGACUAUCCCGGAGGAAGAGGAGAGCGAGAGCAACGGCGAGGCCGCCUCGGCACGCCAGCCGUCGCCCGACGAGUUCAUCCUGGUGGAGGGGGGCGGCCGGCUGGAGUCGAUCGUGUCGCCGCCGCCGACCGUGACGCCGCUGUCGCGCGUGCGCUACUACCCCGAAGAGGUGCAGAAGAUCACCGAUGACACCCUCUCGCCGUCAGCCGACAUCGACGUCAGUGAGCAGACGCGCUGGGCCGAGCGGCAAUUCGACGCUGGCGCCGCCGCCACCGGCGGCGGCGGCAGCCAGCCGCGCGACGAUCUGUUCGCCAAACAGCUGGAGGAUAUCAUCGAGGAGGAGCGCGAGGAGGCGCUCAGCAAUCGCGACCUGGAGCGGCUUAAGGAGUCGCUGAGCUCGACGCCGGAGCUGGAAUUGGCGGCGCGCGGGCGGCUGGUGUCGCGCAGCGGCGAGAGUGAUGACGUCUCGCUCAGCUCGCUGCAGGAAUUCGAGCGGCUCGAGUUGCUGAUGGCGCAGCGCGGCUCACAGGACUCGCUCGGCUCGCUCAAUAACAACAACAGCGGCGGGCCGCGGCGCAAUGGGUCUUCGGGUGCCGCCAGCGUCCAGGGCGACGACGUGUCGGUGGCGUCGCUGCAGGAGUUCGAGGGGCUGGAGCGCCAGUGCCAGCUGGCGGAGCAGAUCGAGACACGCGCCGAGCAGGCAGCGCGACUGCUGGCGCAGAUUGAGGAGGGCCACGAGAGCCAGAUGUCUGAGAGCGACAGCUGCGAGACGGUGUCGCAGGCGUCCGAGCGGCCGCCGCACGGCGAUGAGCAGCUGUUCGAGAUCGACCAGAUCAUCCGCGAGGCGCAGGGCAACGUGGAACGGCUGCAUGCCGACGAUGAGCUCCUGUCCGACAGCCUGCGCCUCGAAGACAUAGUCGACAUGACAGAGUCAAGCCUGGUAACGGACACGCCGCCAGGCGAACCGGAGGAUGACUCGCUGCAGGGCGAGCCGCCACCGGCCGUCGACUCACCGCAGCGCCGCCGCCUGCUGCGCGAGGCGGGCCGGGCCGGCAGCACCGACUCGCUCGAGCCGCGGCCGCCGCGGCCCGGCGCCAUCUCGGCUGACUCAAUCGAGGAGACGCAGAAGACGGACUCUGCGAGACAGGGGCGUCAGGCGACGGACUCGACUGAACAGGGGCUUCAGAUGACCGACUCAUUGGAGCGUGAGAUUGCUGACUCGACCGAGCAGGAGCGUCAGAUGACGGCCUCGAUCGAGCAGGAGCAGCGUAUGACCGACUCGAUCGAACAGGAGCGUCAGAUGACCGACUCGAUCGAGCAGGAGCGUCAAAUGACCGACUCAAUCGAGCAAGAGCGUCAGAUGACUGACUCGCUGGAGCUGGCGCGCGAGUCGCUGGAGCCAGCCGGCGCGGCGGCGGCCGACUCCCACAGCGGCUCCGCUCCGGCGCGUGACGCUCUGCUCUGCUCGUUCGACUCGGUCUCCAGCUCGCAGGCCACGCACGCCACCUACCAGUACGAGUCGGACUCGCUCAUGUCGUCCAGCCUGGCGUCCACCCUGUCGGCGACCCUGGCCGGCUCCUCCGAGACUCUCGGGCCGGAGGAGGAGGCCGAGCCUGGCGGCGCGACGGCCGCCUGGCAGCCGCGCGAGGCGGCCGCCGACGACGUGACGGACGCCGCCGACAGCAUGCACGCGCGGCGCGCGGUGCGGCGCCGCGUGCUGCUGGAGACGGCCGGCGACGAGGCGGACGUGGCCGAGUCGCGGCAGACGGUGACGCUGACGCAGACCGGACGACAGCCACCAGGUGGCGGGACGGUCCUCUCCCCCGCUGCCUCGCGGCCGCAGCCCGCGCCGCGCACCACUCGCCGCGACAGGCCGGACGGGAGCGGGGGCACGCGCUGUGGGACAGCGGAGGCACAGCAGGGGUCAGAGCGAGGUGUCGCCACAGGCGUCCAAUCGUCGGAGUCACCACAAAUGUUUUCAGAGUAUGUAGAGGGAGUCUCAGGCCAUGGACCAACACUCAGAAGAAUGGUCCGCACCGAGACCCGCACGAUGACGACGUUCGAUGACGAGGGCCGACCGGUGACGCGCACGGUGACGGAGCGCAUCACCACCGAGGCUGACGGCACCGAGAGUCGCCAGCUGGUGGAGACCGAGGACUAAGCGGCAGCCGAGCGCCCUGGCCGGCGCCGACGGGCGCGCUAGGCGGGCGGCGGCUCGCCAUCAGCACUGGUGCGCGCUGGACAGACUGCCACCGGCGAACCGAGAUGUGUCCACGGAGAGGAUGGACUUGUGCUGUUUGUUACACUCACGCCGUGUUUCCUUCUGUUUAUGAGAAACGGCUACUGCUGUGGGGCGGGGCGCGACGCCGGUCGCGCGCAACAGGGACCGGCCACCCGUCGCCUGGCCAGCAAAUUGCCCCUUGCUGGCUGGGAGGCGGCGUCGGCCCUGGCGGACGGCGGCGGCCCCGGCCCGGGCUUUGCUUGGGUACAGGGCUUAUAGGCGACCCACUGAGCACCGGCUUCAGUUGGAGAUCAAAAACACUACCGUUUGGUUUGUCUAUCGAAAGUGACGUUUUGUCUGAAUGCUACAUUGUCUAGUCAAAGGUAGCCCACUGAAUGGUUGAUGAAACUGUGCGGAAAAUCGUUUUCUUUGUGAUUUUUCAUGAAGGGUCGUGUUUUUGAACGGUGGUGGUCAUUGGAAGGACGCUAAAUCUGUAACGUGAACGCUAUGUGCUAAGAAGGGCCACUUUGGCGUGCACUGGUCAUGCAAGCUGCUUUGGGCUUUGAGUAUCCGUGUGUCUGUUGUUAUAUUGCACGCGGGCGCGCGCGCGACGCCGGGCGGGCGUGGCCUCUCUCCAAUCUCGGCGCCGCCCCUGCGGCAGGUCCGGCCCGCUCGGCACGCUGUAGAUAAUGUACCGGCGCGGGCGUGUGUGUGCGCAUGCGCGACUGCGUGUGCUAUUUGGCUUCAAAUACUAGUGUGCGUCCCGUAUUCGCGGCAGCUUGUCAAGGCAGGUCAGGGGUGGCCGGCGGGCCUCACAGGGCCUCGGGACCGGCCGGCCACCCCUUCGCCGCUGGGGACGCCGACCUCCGCGGUGCGUGCGACAUAUGCCAAUAAAAUAAAUAAAAAAUAAA